GGAGUGCACACUUUGGACUAAAUCUAGCUAGCUCGCUGUUGCCCCCGCUCUCGCAGCGGAAGCUGGGAAGAGAGAGGAAGGAUGGAGCCGGCCCCGCAGGAUUCGGUGAUUGACAGGCUGCAUCCGUCGGGAACUAGACCCUCGCAUAGCAAUUCAGACUCUCGUGCCGACGAAGUCAAGACAUUGUGUGUGGUGGUGUACCCAGGUGCGAUCUCUAGAGCACGAGUGAGACUAACCUACCCAGUCUGUGUCUGAGAGCUUCGCUACGGAUUUGAAUUCCGUUUGUCGAUGCAACAACGUCUGUGUGUGCAGCGCAGGAUGUUUUGUCGGUAGACUAGUUAAGUGGCCUCGCUGACUGGAGCAUAAGCGGUCCUGAAGGGACCUGUCCGCAGGGAAAUCUCGAAUUUGAUUGUCAGGUGAAUGUUGGAGAAGGUGGUUUGGUUUACUGAGGGAGAGUUGCGAGCAUGAUCAGGCUUCUUUCCAUCGCGUUUCAGGGUGGUCGCGAGUAGGAUUCAAAAUCCAUCCUUUACCACAUACUUCAAGGCUACUAUUUAUUGUCAGUGCUAUGUGACUUUGAAAGUUGCUGGUAGUGGUACUCUGGGGAUAUAUAGAUUUUUGUAGCAUGUCUUCACUUGUAAGUCUUCUUGUCACAACAUUGCUAGUGAAUAUUUUGGAUGUGGAAAUCUAGAGUGGUAAUCUCGUUGGAAAUUGACUUUGGGCGACGUCCGCUUCUUGAAGUUCACAUCUCUGCAGUACGUCUACCACCAUGGUUCACUUAAUCAGCAUCUUGCUAGUGUGGACCAUCUUAUGGGGAUUGAUUCCUAGCGUGAGGACUGCGGGUUUGACAAGCUUGGGUUUGUCGUCACGACUUUCAGUUGGGGAUACCCUUGUCUCACCAUCUGGGCGGUUUGAGCUCGGGAUAUUUGCGCCUGCCGGAGGAAGCAGAGCAGACCUCGGUUACCAGCUCGCCAUCCGAUACGCGGAGCUCCAACAUGUCGUUACGUGGGUAGCCAACCGUGACAUUCCCCUCUCCUCCAACGCAUAUGUCUAUGUCUCUCCGUAUGGCAAUCUCCAGCUAUUCGACCCGAUUAACAACCCGAACAAACCCUCCUGGACCUCGAACGCCGCCGCCAAUUAUGCUUUUGGUGCAGCUUGGAGUCGUGCAAGCACUGCUGCUGGACAGCGGGAAUCUUGUGCCAGAGAUCAGAAUCAGAAGGUACAAUGGGAUUCCUUCGUGAACAGCCCGAGCACAGACACGCUCCUGCCGGGACAAUAUCUGCUAAGGGCGGCGAACUUGAACAUGUCCUCAUGGAAAGCCUCCGACAAUCCCGCGACUGGAUUGUACAGCUUCGGAUGGGGUGGCUUGAACAUGAGCGUGUUGCAGCUCACGUGGACGUCCCCGAAGCAGUUCAUGACUUGGACAGGUGGUGCUUACAUCCCUGCCCCUGACGUCCAUACUCCUCACACCAUCACCGGUGUGAGCUCUGUCUAUUUCCACCCAACGUUUGGGCAUCUCUAUGCGACCAGUAGUCCGGCCGACACGGUGCUUCUCUCGGGUAGUGACCCCGUUGCUGCCAAUACGAUGAAGCGUAUCACGAUCGACACAGACGGGGGGCUCCGGAUCUGGCAGUGGAACAUAGGAACUUCGAAGUCAUGGACCGCGGUUGCAAACUGGGUUCUCGUUGAGCGGCCUGAGAGCAGAUCUCAGUGCACAGUUAUGGGUACGUGUGGCCCCUAUGGAUGGUGCAUUAGUGCGAAAGCUUCUGUGGAUAAAGUGCAAUGCAAGUGCCCGAAUGGAUUCAAGCCGAUCAACGAGGAGGAUAUAACAAGAGGCUGUUUGCCGGUGGUGCCAUUGGUGGGUUCGGAUUGUAACGAUACCGCGACGGUGAUGAUGGAGGAGCUUGCAGGGGUGGACAUGCCGUGGGGUGGUGGUUACCAAAAUCUCACUGGGGCAAAUUCUUCGCGCUGCAAGGAGAAGUGCUUGUCAGUUUGCGAGUGCGCCGGGCGGUGUAUUCUGCCCAGGAGCAGUUUUGCUGGCUGAAACAAGGUCCCCUGUUUAACAUAGGGUAUCCAACCGUUGAGCUCCAUGGCAAGGAUCGCACGGCCUUCAUAAAGAUCUCAAAGUUCCAGCCUCUAGCACCGGAACCUGUUAAGCCCUUCGAACAUGUUCGCCCUGCAGUCAUCGGGGGAAUUGUUGGAGGUUUAUUCGUUGGUGCACUCCUGGUACUUUUUUCAAUUUUUUGGUGUGCCCGCAGAAGACCACGGCUAUCCGAUAACGGAGUAUUUGUCCCAGUGAGAUGUCCGUCGGAUGAUUUACCACCAAUAAUUAUUCCAAAACGUUCUUUGGAAGUCUUUGAAACUGCCGGUUCAGCGUCAAGACAUUGACAGACUGUAACGGACAUUGCGGAGCCAUCAGACAGAUGCGCAAUUGGAUACUUGUUUCUCCUCAAAGGGAUCCUCUCUCGCAGUUGUAAUUCCGAUUUCACCACCGGAGAUUCUGUAUUAUUCUCUCGAGGUCCAAAGAGUUCAUCUGACGUUGUCCCUAACAAACUUAGGAUGGAAAUGUGGAUGCAGAGAGGGAGUGGGCGUGUACAAAGUUACGUGCGUGGCCCUAGGUAACAAUUACGCUGCAUUCACAUUCUAGAAAAAAAAAUGUACUUCAGUUAUUGCAAUGGAAAAUUAUUGUAUAACUCGUUGAGCAGGUUUACUUUGGAAA